CCUGUAAGCCCGUUUUGGGGCUGGCCCCCUCUGCCCCAGGGAUUUGUUCACCCUGAGCUGAUUCCUGCCCUUCGAAGCCAACCCCUUGCCCAAGCCAACCUCAAGAGCGUUCCCGUGGGGCUCGGCACCGCUCCAGCGGGGGCGGAGGGAGCACGGAGCUAUAAAUCCGGGAGCCCCAGCUGCCCAUCCCACUGCUGGAGCCGGAGGAGCUGAGAUGAGGACCAUGGAGCUGAGCCUGGGCUUGGUCCUGCUGUGCCUGCUGCGUGUGCAGGCUGGGGACACGGCAACUGGGGAGCUGGACGAGAGCAAGAUUGCAGGGACAUGGUACAUCACUGCUAUGGCCUCUGACUCCGAGGCCUACCUCCAAAAAAAGGACCAACUGAAGAUGGCAAUGGCCAACAUUGAGGUCCUGGGGGAUGGUGACCUGAAGGUUUCCUUUGCAAUUCCCACCCCUGAGAGAUGUAUGAAGUUUGAAUCGAUCUACAAGCCAACAGGCAGGCCGAAUGAAUACUGCAGCACUGACAGGGGCAAUAAGACAGUGCAGCUGGUGGAUACCGACGGCAGCUCCUACAUGAUUGUCUUUGCCACCAGAGAGAAGGAUAAGAAGACCCUGCACAUGCUGAGACUUUACAGCAGAAGCCAGUGGGUGAGACCCGAAAUCGAGUCGCUGUUCAAGAGACUUGCCGAGAAGAAAGGCUUCACCAAAGAGACGAUCUGGAUGUUACCCAGGCAGGAGGAAUGCAGACUUGACAAACCGCAGAAAGCGCAGACUGGCUUGUGGAUGCUCCUGCCAACCAGUGCGAGACCCAUGCUCUGAAGCUCCAGGCUCCUGCUCCACCAUCCUUCUUCCAAACUCAGUUGUCAGGACUCUGACACAGCCCCUGCUCCUUCAGCCCCUGCUCCUUCAGCCCCUGCUUUUUGCCAAAUAAACAGAAACUUUCCCCAGA